AUGGAGCAUCCCAGUCCACAGCCGCAGACCGCCCCGCCCUCCCUGCUCCCGCUGCCCAGCCACAGAGCUGCGCUCCCGGGCACAGAGCCGCCUGCCCCCGCCCUCUCUCCUCUGGUGUCUCUGUUUGACAACACGACCUUCAGUCCGCAGGACAUCCGGACCGAGCUGACCUCUGACCCCGAGCUGACGGACCAGACCUCAGACCUCAACGAGACCUCGGAUGCUACAAUGUGCAUCCUGCAGCCUUCAAAGAUCUGUCCGGGGACGGUGGAGGGGACGCCGUUACUGACCCUGAUGAAGGAUCCGUACAUCCUCAUCAGUGCAGGUUCUCUGUGUUUCGCCAACAUGGGCGUGGCCAUCCUGGAGCCGACACUGCCCAUCUGGAUGAUGCAGACCAUGUGCUCCCCUAAAUGGCAACUUGGUAUGGCGUUCCUCCCCGCCAGCGUCUCCUACCUGAUAGGAACAAACCUGUUUGGUGUCCUGGCCAAUAAGAUGGGACGGUGGCUCUGCUCCAUGUUGGGGAUGUUCAUUGUUGGCAUCAGUCUUCUGUGUGUAAGUACAUCAUCCAUCAUCCAUGCAAUCAUCGACCAGGAGUGUGUGAUGCACAGGAAGAGCUAUAACACACAGAAGGAGAUUCGUGAGUUUCCUCUGAGUGAUUACAGUGAAGAAGAGGAGACGGAGGAGUGACACACACACACACACACACACACACACACACACGUCCAUGUUUUACCUUCCUCAUCCGGCUUCCUGUCGUCUCGUGGUCACAGACAUCACAUGUGUCUUUCUUCUCAAACCUGAGUUCAUCUUUAAUGACAACACACGACUCGUCUCCAGAAAACGUUUACAUCGUUAAUUAAAUUAAAAACUGUUAAACUUUCAUAUUUCAGAUAAAAGUGACUUUUGCUGAUGAAGGUUUGUUUUAUUUUUCUCUCUGUGGUAAACUGUCUCAUUAGGAAGUUGUUUCCAGGGAGUUUCAUUUCUGUGUAACUUGAAUUUACUUGAAGGAAGUUGUUUGAAUUCUUUGAAUCCUUGUGGAACUGAA